AUGAACAUUAAAACUCGUUCUAGCUCAUUGAUGAGACGAUUCAGUACCAGUAGUAGAGUGUGGAGGCGCAAGAGUGUAACAGAUGACCUUUUCAGAACACUCCCCAGGGUUCCAACAACCCGUUUUUUAGAGACUCAAAGGCUUUCGAGUGAUAUUCUGUUUAGUGGGUAUCGACCGGUAAUGUACCCAGUUCGUGAGAACCCAUUGUUCGGUCGUGGGACCAAAACGGAGGCUCCAGCUUCGCUGGAGUCCAAUUUGCCCCGCUAUGACCUAUGGUCAACCACCACAAUGGGUCUGGAAAGGUUCCCCGAAUGGUCUAAUGUGCCGCGAGAAGUUGUACGGAAGCUUCGACCCUUUGAUCGCCACCAUAGAUAG